AUGGGGUGGUUAUGUAUCGUCAGAAGAGGUGUACAAAAAGUCUCAUUUUCAAACCUAAAAGGAUUAUAUGCUGAAAAUGAACAAUGUGAACAUCUAUUAGAUGUAGUAGCUGUUAUUGAUGGGUCAGAAACAAUCUUCCCAGAUGAAUUCCAAACCAUUCGAGAAGUUAUGGGCAAAUUCGUUCGACAAUUAGGGGUGGAAGAGAACAACAAACAUUUUGGUGCCGUUGUUUACAGCAGUGCUGUUUCUGAAGUCAUUGAAAUGUCCGGAGAUCAAGAAAAACUUGUAGAAGCCAUGCUAAAUAUGGAUCAUCCUAGAACUGGAACUAGAACAGAUCUGGGUAUUGAAGAAAUGAUUAAUGUAUUUAUAAGAAAGGGUCGAUCAGAUGUUCCUAAAGCCGGAAUCGUAAUUACAGAUGGAGCAUCACACGAGAAGGAACUAACUUUGAAACAAGCUCAGAUAGCUAAAGAUAUGGGAGUGAACAUGUUUGCUAUUGGUAUUGGUGCCAGAAUAAUGGAUGCUGAAUUAAAAGGAAUAGCUUCCAAACCAGAUCAGGCUUAUGUUAUAGAGGAUUUUGAAGCUUUUGCCAAAUUAAUCGCUAGUCUUGCGAUUCAAAUCUGUCCUACCACUACAACAACCACUACUACAACCACCACUACACCAAAGCCAACAACACAAAAGCCUACAACACGAGCACCAACACCAGAGUCAGCACCAGAUGCAACACCAGAAUCAACCAGUCCUCCAAUAAAACCAGACGGACCAUGUAGUGGAUGUCGUAUGAGCAACGGUAUUGGAUACAACAGUCAUGAAGAAUGUCACAAAUUCGUCCAAUGUUUUUUCAGAGAUGGAGGACUCACCGGCUUCUUUGUUCAAACUUGUGGAACUGGAACCUUCUGGAACCAAGACAAACUUACAUGUGAUCAUAUGUCCAAAAUCAAUUGUCCUAAUGAUCGAUGUGCACUUGUAAAAGAGCUUAAAUAUUACAAAUUGGGAGGAAACUGUGCUGAGUAUAUUGAAUGUGUAAAUGGACGAUCUCAACCUAAUAAAUGUCGAGUUGGAUAUUCCUUUGUCGAAGGAGAUGAAAUUUGUCUGAAAGAUGCUUCAUGUACUACUGGAGGAUCAAUUGGAGGAAAUAAUGAAUGUAAUUUCUGGAGUGUUCCUGGUACCAAAUGUUACUAUUAUUGGACAUUAGGUAAUCAAGGAUGGACCAUGCCUUGUCCACGAGGAACUAGAUUCGCACAAAGACAAUGCGGAUGUGUCUAUGCUAGUCCUAAUAGGUGUAGACCUAGAUCCUGUACCCCGUUGGUUGAUAUUGACUUCAAUGGAGCAGAACCCGGAGAAUAUGAUAACUACGGAGCUGUAGUCAAGGGUGGUCUAGCCUAUUUUGAUGGUAAUAGUAAUAUCAAAAUCCUCAGGUUGUCCAAUGUCGAAUUUACUACCAAACUCUCUAUCUUAAUCAGAUACAAACCAUUCAACUCUAAUAAUACUGAAGCGGUUCUUAGUAAUGGGGACUGUGGUGAAGAAGCUACUAUUAACCUUAUUAAUAAUGGCGCUGUUGCCUCACUCGGUGUAAUUAAUGCUGAAAAUCAAAGAGCUGCUUUACAUGAUAUUACGGAGGCUGAAUGGAGAGAGAUUGAAUAUACGUUUGAGAACGGUGAAAUUAAAAGCGUAAUGAAUGGUAAAUCAGGGCUAAAGAGUUUUGCAAUCAGUGAUUUGCCCAGAAGAUCACAAUGUGCUUUCCAACUGGGUCAUAGUGAAGGUUUCAAAGACUUCAGAGGCUGGAUAGAUUAUAUUGUGGUCUCCACUUGUUAAACAUUGUUCAGUGAGCUUUUAAAAGUUAAUUUAUCUGAUUUCAUUCAAGAAAAGUGCAUGAUGUAAAAUUGAAAUAAAGUAUUAUAAGCAUAUUAAA